AUGGGAGAGGGAGAGCCUAGUUAUGUCUUGGAUCUAGAUCAAAAUACUCGAAUUCUUAAUGAAUCGGGUCAACAUAACAAUCAGGGUAUUAUGAUUAGCGAUUCUAGAGAUCAACAUGACUCUUCUGUUUAUGAUACUUUGGAUCAGGGAGCUGGCAAUCAAAUGAAUCUUCUUAAAUCAUAUUUAGCAAUGGGAGAAUUUGAUGUUUCCAUGGAUGAUUUCAAUGCUCAAAAUAUAGAUCUAGAAAAUCUUCAUAAUUCAAGAACUUUCAAAGAACCAAUUCAGUCUCUAAUUCGUCAUUUUGAGAUGAAUCAAUCAAGUCAUUAUUCAACUAGCCUAAAUGAAGAUUCAUCAGAAAAUACUCAUUUCGCAUUGGAAGAUCAUCCCCAGACACCUAAUUCUUACCAAUCUUAUCAUGGAACAGUAGCAGAACACAACCACUCAAAGACUUUCCGAGGCAAAAAUCUAAGUGCUGCUGACCAGGGAAUUAAGAAUUCCCAAGUCACCCACAAUCCUAACACUACAUUACAAGGAGGAGGAGGAGGAGGAGGAGAUUUCAAUGAGAAAACAAACAUCUCGCACAUUUUAUUUGGAAUCGAUGGAUCAGUAAAAACAUGGGAAAAUCGUCGUCAUUAUACAGAGUUAUGGUGGAAACAAAACAUUACUCGUGGAUACAUAUGGUUAGAUGAAAAACCCGAUUCAUGGUUAAUAGAAUCUCCACCAUACAAAGUCUCAGAAAACAGUUCAAAUUUUGGAUCAAACUCAGCUGUUCGAAUCGCUAGAAUCGUUUUAGAAAGCUUUAAACUCGGGUUAAAGAAUGUGAGGUGGUUUGUAUUAGGAGAUGAUGAUACGAUAUUUUUCACUGAAAAUCUAAUCAGCGUUUUAUCAAAAUAUGAUCAUAAUCAAAUGUAUUACAUUGGUGGUAAUUCAGAAAGCGUCGAACAGGAUGUUUUGCAUUCGUAUAAUAUGGCAUUUGGUGGUGGUGGUUUUGCUAUUAGUUAUAGAUUAGCGUUUGAAUUAGCUCGGAAUUUAGAUGAUUGCAUUAACAGUUAUCCGAAUUUGUAUGGUUCAGAUGAAAGGAUAUCUUCUUGUAUAGCUGAUAUUGGUGUUCCUCUUACUAGAGAAGUUGGCUUCCAUCAGAUUGAUGUACGAGGUGACACGUACGGACUGUUAGCCGCACAUCCAGUAGCGCCCCUGGUGUCGCUACACCAUCUCGAUUUUGUGGAACCGUUAUUUCCGAACAAGACGCGAUUGGAUUCGAUUAAGAGGCUGAUGGAUGCACAUAACAUGGAUCCGUCUAGAACAUUGCAACAAAGUGUAUGCUACGACUUCAAACGGAAUUGGUCGGUGUCAGUUUCAUGGGGAUAUACGGUGCAGAUAUAUCCUUCUCUGCUAUCUGUAAAGGAGUUGUGCACUCCUUUACAAACUUUCCGAACGUGGAGAACUUGGAGCGAAGACAUGUUUAUGUUUAAUGUCAGGCCCAUUAAGGAUGACCCUUGUGAAUCUCCGCUUGUAUACUUGCUGGGUAGGGUAAAUGAAAUUGGAGGUCAGGUUGAAACACUUAGCACGUAUAAGAGUUAUUUUGAUGAGACUAGAAUGAAAUGCGAUCAUCCUAAAUAUGUUGCUGCUAUGAAUAGGACAAAAAAAUUGGUUACUGCUUCCAGAAUGGAGAAUAACGAGUGGCUUAAAGCUUGUGCAGCCCAGCUUGGGCCUUGGUCUAGCAGCAGCAGUAGCAGCAACAGGUGUGCAGCAGCUAGCAUUGCAGAACAGAAUGAUAUCAACUACACUAGCAUGCUAGCACGGGGCAAAGAUGCAAGAACAAUGAUGCAAAUAUGCAAUGAUGUAUGUGGUGCAGCAGAUGCAGAUGCUGAUGCUAAGAUGCUAAAAACUACAGAUGCAGAUGCAUUGAAAUGGAAUGAAAUGCAGAUGCAGAUGCUAAGAUGCAAAAGUAUAGGACAGACAUGCAAUGAUGAAAUGGAAUGA